GAGUGGUGAGGUGAGAGCGCGAGCGCUAGUGUACGUCUGAAACUAAAAUAUUGUGAAAAAAAGGAGGAGGUUGAGUUGGCGUGGAGAUGAAGUGUUUACUAGUCUCACCCUCCGCUCUACGCUGCUCAUCGAUUGCCCCUUUUUCUCGCAUAAAUAAUGGCCGCCGCAACAUCAAUCUCAGUCAAACACCUUUCAAUUCUCACCAAAAUUUCCAUUUCCAUUUCCAUUGCAAACCUCCAACCACUCGUCUUGUUCUCGCCAUGGCCGCCUCUUCUACUCAGUCCCCUACCCCUAACCCUUCUCAGCAGACUGUGCCUUCUGGGGAUGCUGCUGGUGAAUUAAAUGUCUUUCAACUCAUUCAAGCUCAUCAGGAAAAGGCUGCUAGGCUUCCUCCAAUUGAAGAAAUUCGGACGGUUCUUGAUCACAGUUUACGCGGCAUGCUUUCUACUUUCUCUCAUAAGCAUGAGGGUUAUCCGUCAGGGUCGAUGGUUGACUUUGCGUGUGAUGCAUAUGGAUCUCCAAUAUUAGCAAUCAGCAGCUUGGCAGUUCAUACCAAGGACCUCCUAUCUAAUCCCAAAUGCUCAUUGCUUGUGGCAAAAGAUCCAGAGGAUAGGACUGAUUUAAUAAUAACAGUGCAUGGUGAUGCUAUUUCUGUUUCUGAGAAAGAUAUAGAAGCUAUUCGUUCUGCAUAUUUGGCAAGGCAUCCUGAUGCUUUCUGGGUUGAUUUUGGCGAUUUCCAAUUUAUACGCAUCGAGCCCAAAGUUGUGCGAUUUGUCUCAGGGGUUGCCACAGCUUCAUUGGGAUCAGGAGAGUUCAGCAAAGAGGAGUAUAGAACGGCAAAAGUUGAUCCAAUAUUUCAGUUCUCUAAGCCAGUUGCGUCCCACAUGAAUAGAGAUCAUGCUGAAGAUACAAAGCUUAUCGUACAACACUGGACAUCAAUCCCGGUGGACUCUGCUCACAUGCUGGAUUUGGACAGUCUUGGUUUCAAUGUUAAGGCUGGCUAUCAAGGGAGCACUUUCAAGCUUCGAAUCCCUUUCCCUAGACGUGCAGUGGAUAGAAAGGAUGUGAAGACUCUCAUUGUUGAAAUGCUUCAAGCUGCUACGCCUCAAGUUGAUUGAUUACACUGAAGAAUAGCAAAGAGAUUUAUUCCAAGUAUCAGAACCUAGACCUCUUUUCAGUAUGGACAGAUACGAAAAAAGAUGCAAAUAGAGAACAAAGUGUUGCAUCUGGUCACAUCAGGAAAUAAAUAUUUUGGCCAACUUUAUAGCUCUCUCUUGAAUGUUCUUUUAGAUUUACUUUGUUAUUGUAAAUAAAAGUGCGAUUAAGGGUCAAAAGAUUAACUCUUUGAUGUACGAAAGAUGCUGCUUUGCUACAGAUUGAAGUCAGUGAGUAAAUAGAAAUUGAAGCGUCCAGAAACCUUAUUUGGAAUUCCUCUACCGUCGUCUUAACUCUUGAAUACCAUUUAUUGUUGACCCAAACAGAACACCUUUUUUUUUUUUUGGUUAUUUUUGGGUGACUUACACGUGUACUAAAGUUUAUAUUUUCCUAUGAACGCCAACAUCAAUGCGGAGAUAAAUCAAAUUAUUGCCAUUGAAGGUUUUUCAUCAAA